AUGGGAGAAGAUCAUGACAGAAAGCCACCCCUUUUCAGCCUACACAAAUCCUCAGUAGGCCUCUUUCCAAAAAAGAAACCUUCCGUAGAUGUUCAGCUCAAGCUGGUUCUAGACUUACUGCGGGAGGUAUUUCUUGAGCCCUUACUGUGGAGCAAGUAUAUGAAGUUUUGUAAAGUUGAUGAAAAUUCCAGCACGGUUGUGCUUGACCGUUUAAAGAAUUAUUGUAAAGUCCAUUAUGAUGGGAGGCUAUUCCAGUACAAGUUCCUGAAGGCUGAAGAAAGCAUAUUUGGUUGCUCUCGAAUGGCCACCCACAUGGAGAUGUUGUCUACCCUGAUGACAGUAGGUUCCCCCAUCAAAGUGGAGGAUGACUUGAAGCGCCUAUUCAGGGAAAUUUCACUACCAGCUGAUAGGAUUGAUAUUCAAAAGUACCUGCAUCAGAACAGCAUGAAGCCUGCAACACACACCGACAACAGGCAGGUCAUGACUAAAGUCCACGGUGUUCCUUCAAGCCCAAGCUUGAAAAGAAGCAGUGCAAUGGCAAGAGGAUAA